CAGCAGGACCAUCGAGUCCAGGGGAGGCUCUCAGCCCUGUUACCCCAGAAGAGGAGCUCCUGAACCGGGCAGUGGUGCUCCUCUCCUGCGCCUCCUACAGGAACCAGGCGCUGCACGUCUUCCUGCGCCCCGCCCUGCUGGCCUCAGCCCUCCACACCGCCGCCUCCACCCAGAAACAUGAAGUCUUCAACAGUUUCAGCUUCCUCAGAAACAUUUUCUCCAAUGAGUUCAUCCUCUGUCCUGGAGCUACAGUGCAGGACUUUGAGGAGGCCUGUUUCCUGCUGGUGAAGACUGGAGUUCUGCAGGUGACCCAACAUGAGGUUCUGGUCACAGAAAGCGGACACAGAACUCUGUCCUUCCUCACCAAUAUGCUGGAUCCCUUCCUUCAAGGAUACCAGGUGGUGUGCCGAUUCCUGUGUGAAGAAGCCACUGAGACUCUGACAGAAAAACUGUUUAUUCCUGCCGUCCGGAAGUUCAUCAUCAAACGUCUUUUAGCAG